UGUUUUUCUCCCUCGUUCGACUCCUCCGUUCUCAAUCAUUGCAAGACGGCAGAUGCGAUCUUCCUCUCCAUCCCAUGAAUUCUCUCGUCCUCGGAAAAUCAUGGCCCUAGAUUACUAAACUUGACUUGCUUGCUGUUGUCUCCUCGACUUGAUCGCUGUCCCCCUUCCCAUCGCCGAUUACCCCACAUCGGUCUGCACACCGUGUAUCCGUCGCUCUCCUGCUUUGUCCCCUCAAUUUUCCAGCAUGGUUCCCGACGACUUCCUCGAGGAGUGUCUCAACAUCCUCCAGGAUCAAGCUCUGGACGAAGAAGAGCAGGUCGAGAAAAUUGAGGAUUUUGUACGCGAAAAGACCAUUUUAUCGGGCCCAUCCUUGGAGAAUGUUGUCCUCGAUAUUCUUUGGCGUCAUCGCAAUCGCACCUUGCCCGAUUCCUCCCCUCCGCCGCCCCGUCACACCGUUAUUCGUCGCUCGUCCCCUGCUCCCUGGCAGAUGGCUCGCUCUGCGACCCCGCUAUCCCCUCAUUCCAACCUAGGAACGAGCCCCGGGAGUACCUCCUGGCUCCAGAGCUCUCGAGCGGGCUUUCCGCGGCCACCACUGUCCUCCACGGUAUCGCCCUUCACGUCGCCUCGUCCAUCGCCCCGACUUGCUCUCGCGCAGCCCAUUCCUCACUCCCCAAACUUGAACGCAUACGAAUUCUCCGACCAGAGCCAGGUGUCGGAUUUCUAUGGUGACCUAGGCAGCGAUAGCAAUGUGGAUUGGCUGGUUGCGGACGACGCUAAUAGCGUAACGUCGUCUAUUGGGACCGCGAGCCUCUCCGGGGCGCUGAGCGCUACGGCACCGGAGUUUGUCCCGGACAUGAGUCCGCACGACAUCCUGCGGACUGUCUUGGGAGACAAAAGAACCAAUGAGGAAAUUGAGACGGCUCUGGAAGCCAAUAGCUACGAUUUGGGCGCAACUAUUGCGUCGCUGUCACAGCCACAUGAUGGGGAUCCCAUUUCGCAACUCGCGGAAGAUAGCCACGUCGUGGUCGGAAAAUCCAUGUCGAUGGAACAACCGAAGAUCACCGUCGCCCCGGGCCACAGUCGCAGUCCCGUUGUGUGCAAGUACUGGUUGUCUACGGGCCAGUGUCUCCGUGCCGAUUGCCGGUUUAGUCACGAUUUGACCAAUCAUCUUUGCAAGUAUUGGGUUAUGGGGAACUGCCUGGCCGGCGACGGCUGCCCGUUCUCACAUGAUCCUUCCGCACUCGUGGCCAACCUGAGUGUGGCAGACGGCAGCCCAGGGGCGGCUGGCGCAUCAUUCCACAUGGACAACGCCUCCGAGGCGUUCCCUCCGCUGCAAUCUACUGGCGGAGUUGGAGACCAAUGGGGUGGCCAGUAUAUCCACAAGUAUCCCGGUCAUUUGUCAGCAUUUUCCGGCAACAAGAACGGCCCCCAGGCGAUGCAGUACCUCGUCGGCAAGCGGAAUGGUAGUAUGACCAAUCUGUCCCGUCCUCACUCCCGGCCCGGGAGUCGACACCAGCAUCGUGAGCUGAAUCCGGCUGCUCCGUCGGUCGAUGACCCCGACGCCUUCCCCACCCUUGCCGCUGUCAGCGCCAAAAAUAAGAAACAUCAUGGCAAACGGGGGCCACAUAAUCGCGAAAACAAUCCGAGCCGAGAGAAUUUGCCCACGUCACUGGCUGAUGUUGUCCGGAUGUCCCCAUCCCCCGCGCCGGGGAAGGGCAAGUCGUCGUCUAAAACCAACCGGGACGGAAUCAAAGGCCGUGAACACAGCGCAGCAGCUCAGGCGAUCCCACCCCCGCAGAAUAUCCCUUGGCUUGAAACCGGUUCUCGAGCGAAUCAACAAUAUAUCAAGUAUCGCACGGAGGCCAUCCGCCAUGGCACCGUGAGGAACAAGUUCCUCCAGAGUGCGGCCCAAGCUUGGAACCGGAAUGAUGCCAGGGCUGCCAAGGCCCUGUCUCUUCGCGGCCAGGCCGAGAACGAGGCCAUGCGCAAGUGCCAUCGUGAAGCGGCACGGCAGCUGUACGAAGAACGUAACAAGCAUAUCGUGGAGGCCGGACUGGAUGAUUCGGUGGAGGAACUCUACAUCGACCUGCAUGGCCUGCACCCGGAGGAGGCGAUUGAAUAUCUGGAGAAGAUUCUGCUGAAGCAUGCGCGGGAAGGCCGGCGGGUGGUUUACGCCAUCACGGGCACAGGCCACCAUUCGAAGAACGGCAAAGACAAGAUCGGUAAGGCCGUCAAGGCAUGGCUGAAUGAGUGGAAGUAUCUUUUCCGCGAGUUCAGCGUGCCAGGCGAGCGGGGCGGCUAUGUUGGCGGAAUUCUGGGGAUUGACCCCACCAGCUACGACAAGUCCCUAGCCAAGAGUCUGGAGGAAGAUGCCAACGGCAAGGCUGAAGCGGACGUCCCAGUGCUGACGAUGGGGAAGAUCCAGCUGCUGAAGCGCGAAGACUUGGAGGCGAAGUCGUAAUCAACCUCAUUCCAACCUCCCUUUUCUUUGACGCAUCUAAUCAACACCUCACUGUGUUCUGCCUCCGAACCGGGAUUCGAUGUAAUGGCUAAGCUUCAGUGACGGGAUGUAAUACAUAGACCAUCUUCUUUAAUUCUUGCGGGAUCUAUUCCACUCUUCAGCAGUAAUGACCAGCCAAUAUUAUCUGAGAGUGUACAUAAGCCCUAGAGCCAUCUCAUCCAUAAAGAUUCCCACCCACAUCCCUAUUCAAUAAAUCUACUCGGGCUCCUGCCCCUUCCACUUCUCCCUCACCUUCCCAACAUUCACCCCACACUCCUCCGCUUUCCUCACAAUCGCCCUCGCCUUCUCCGCCACCGGCACAUCAAUCAUCUUCCCAUCCAGCGUCCACGCCCCCCUCCCCAUCCUCGCAGCCUUCUCAUCCGCCACACAGACUCUAACCGCCCAUUCGACCUCAUUCUUAUCCGGCCCAAAGAUCCCCUGGACCGUC